CUUGAAUUGUUUUCUGUUUUACCUGCUAUCUAUCUUUGUUUUAUUAUUCUUUUGUUCCAGCACUGUUACCUUGACGUUUCUGCCUUUGCAAUUAUUGGUUUGAAUCCAUCACUUCUGCUGUUGUUUUAUUUCUCAUUAUCUUCUCAAAGCUCCCGACUGUCUUGUUUUUAACUCUUCUCGGCUACCUUCCAGCUUAAUUGGACCUCAUCUCUCUAACUAUUGUUCAACUCUUCCCACAAUCAUCCCUUAAUCUACUCUUUUGGCUGCAAAAUAUCUGUUUUAUUCUUUAACUUCAUUACAUCUAUAAUAUCUAUCCCUCUCUCCUCUCGCAUUUUCUCAUAUCCAAUAUCUCAUAUCCCACUUAUCUCACACUUUCUCUUACCAUUCUGCCUUCAAAAUGUUUGGUUUAAUGUUUGAUCUCUUAAGUUUUGCAAUCUCAAUUUUAUUCCCAAUCUAUGCCUCAUUUAAAGCUUUGAAAAUCAACGAUCCGUUAUUAUUAAAACACUGGUUGAUUUAUUGGAUGAUUUUUAUAAUUUUCCAAUUUGUUACUAAUUUUUUUAAUGUUUUCUUACAGUUUAUACCCUUUUACAAGUUUAUAAAAUUUUAUACUCAUCUUUGGUUGAUCCUACCACAAACAAAAGGUUCGAUUUAUUUAUUUAACUUUUAUUUAAAUCCACUUUUAUACCAAAAUGAUCAAAAAAUUGAUUUAUUCUUAAAUAACUUGCAGAAAAACCUUAGAUUAAAUUUAUUCAAUUUAAAAAAAUUCUUUAUUGAUUUAAUUAGUUUAAAUCUAAAUCUAAAUUUAUUAAAUUAUAUUAAUACAGACAAUACAGAUAAUACAGAUAAUCAAUAUCAAAACAAUCAAUACAAAAAUAAAAAUAAUGGUAAUAACAAUAACAAUAAUAAUAAUUCAAAAACUAUAAAUGAUAGAAACUCAAAUUUAAAUUUAUCCAAUUCAUAUAUUCUCUCUCUAUUAGACCAGUUCAAAGAUCCGUUAUAUAACAGUACUAAUAAUAGUACUAGCACCACUCCUUAUCCUUCUUUUUCUUCUUCAGUUCCUUCCUUGAUAAACCCAUAUGCUAAUAACUCUUCACAAAAUGAUAGUAAUCCUAACUUGUCAAAUUCUUCUUUUUUGCAAAGCUUCCUUUCUACUCUUCCAAAAAGCAAGUUAGCAUUAAGUGGGCAAUUUGAUAAUCCAGAUAGUCUGAAUAAUAAGAGAAAUAACCAAGAGUUUUUCAAUCUCUUGUCUUCAGGCUUUGAUUUUGUUAGAAAAGAUGAAGUACCAAAUCCGCCUUCAACUCUUCAAAACAACCCAUCUUGGUUUAAAAAUUCAUGGUUUUCGUCUUCGAGAAACAGUAUUAAUUCCAAUAAGGAGAAAAACAGCUAAUUUUAUACUAAUUAUUAUACCAUUCAAUUGAUCUGCUCAAACCAUUUUUUUUUCAUUUCAUGUUUUAUCUUAUUUUAAAGAUUUUUUACUUUUUUU